AUGAUAGUAAAUGGAAUUCUAUUAGUAAUAAUGUCACUAACUUUUGUGGCCAAUGCAAAUGAGGAGCGUUGGGGAUUAUGUAUAGGUUUUGGAUGUCCAGAGGGAAACCAUUGCCAAGUUGUUGGUGGUUAUCCAGUUUGUGUUAGAGAUCCAACUUGUGUAGGACAUCAUUGUCCAAAAGGUUUCAAAUGUACAAUGGAUUAUGGUGAACCACACUGCAUUAAAUCAUUACAUUCACAAUGUGAAUUAACUGCUUGUCCAAGUGGAUAUAGUUGUGAAAGAUUGAAUUCAACUGUAAUUUCUUGUAUAUCAGAGGAUAGUUCAUGCAAUACUGUUUGGUGCCCAAUAGGAACAUAUUGUUUCAGUAGUUCUGGUACACCAAAAUGCUAUUCAGCCGAUGAAUAUCCUCAAUUAUGUAGAUUCACUAGAUGUCCUGUAAACCAUUAUUGUGAAAUGAAUGGUCAAAAUAUUGAUUGUAUACAAGGUGGAAUUGUCCCACCAACUGACACACCAAUUCAAUGCCCAACAUGUCAAGAUCUUCCAUGUUCAGCUGCAGGUUUAAUAUGCGUUACAGUUCCAAAUAAUUGUAGAUCAACUAAUUGUUGUCAAACAAGACCAAUGUGUAUCGCCAAUCCAAGUACAUCAACAACUACUGCAUAA